AUCAGCCAAAUGCACAGAUAAAGUACUUUUACUGUAAGCUACAGUAGUUACAGAAAACUAAUAAAUGUAUGAAAGGUAAAAUUCAGCAAAAUUUGUAGAUACAGACACACCUGCACCUGUGUCUGUGUAGCUGUGGACAGUCGUGUUUUUUGUGUUUGUGUCCAAAACUACACCUCGGUGCCCAGAGGCAGCCGGUUGAGGCCUGUGAAGAAUUACCUCAUGAAUCUAUAGGGUCUCGCUAGUUUUUCACCAAGGUGAGAAAGAGGUAGGACAGAGGAGAGGAGGGAGAGGACACUGCCCAGAAAAGUCACAGCACAGACACAACAGUCUCGGAUCAAAACGGGGAGAUAAAGACGGGCUGCAAAAUCAAAGAGACGCUGACAGUUUGUCUGCCGUCACCGUGGAUUUUGACUUGAAUAGGUCACUCCAUCAAGACGAAGAAGUAGAAGAAGGAUUCUGAAGAUGCUGCACUGAUGAAGAGUCCUGCUUCGUCUGUCAGGUUUUAAAUGUUUAAUCUUGCCGACGGACUCUGGAGAUGCCAGUUUUCUCUCUGAACUGCAGGAGCUCAUUAGGAGAUUUUUGGAGCAGUUUGUCCAGUUGAAAGGCAGCGUCCUGAUUCUCUGUACCUCUCUGCUGCUCCCAGUUGACCCUGUUCACAUCUGCUUCAGCCUGAAGCGCAGCAGAGAAAACACUGUCCUCUGUGAGUGAGACCGCCUUCCAUGUCUGUGGCUUCUUGAUGGAUUGAAUUUUUGCUCGCAGCUCUAUUGCUGUCUUUGAUUUUAGAGAAGUAUGGGAUCGUGAGGUAUGUUGAGGCCUUUUGUAAGCCACAGGCAGUUCACAGAUAGUAGUGUGUCGGCAGAUUGCUGCAGUUGUGGCUCCCUCACUUUUGUGGCCAUUGAUGAUUCGGCUCGGACUCACCUGGAACAACUAAGUUAAAAAAUCCCAGAUCCUGUAAAAGCAAUGUUUGCUUUCUUCACCCUUUGUGGACUUGAACAGACCCUGAACUCCUCAAACCAACAAGCCAAAAACUGUAUGUAUAAGUCUGCAUUUCGACACCUGACCUCUCACGCUUGACUUGCCAUGAACUGCACCCAUAAUGCCACCAUCGUUCCGCAGCUGGGACCUGUCCUGAGCACAGAGGCCGAAGAUGGAGGUCCUCAGGGAAGUGGUGGCGUUGCUGGAGGCAGUGGGAAAGUGUGGGUGACGUCGCUGCUCGGUUUCACGCUGAUAAUCAUGUGUGUCAUUGGUUUUACGGGCAACACAUAUACGCUCAUCAUCACUCGCUCUGCUGCUCUGCGGCGAACAGGCUCCAUGUAUGUCUACAUCAUCAACUUGGCUCUGGCCGACCUUCUCUGCCUCUCCACCAUCCCCUUCGUGGUCUGCACCUACUUUGUCCACGACUGGCUAUUCGGCGAGGUUGGCUGUCGCAUCCUGCUGAGUCUGGAUCUCGUCACCAUGCACGCCAGUGUCUUCAUCUUGGUCGCCAUGAGCCUGGAGCGCUAUCGUGCUGUGGCUAAGCCCUUCAGCGCGCACAGGUUCUCGUCGCGCAAACAACGGCUAGUGGCGGGAAUUAUAUGGGGGAUAGCAUUCGUACUGACGCUCCCCAUGAUGGUGAUGAUCCGACUUAGCGAGCGCAAACCCACUUCUGCUGGUUUGGUCAAGAGGAUCUGCUUCCCGACUUGGACACCCGAGGCCUUCAAGGCUUACAUCACUGUGCUGUUUUGCACAAGUGUUUUAGUGCCUGGAUUGGUAAUCGUUGGGCUGUAUGUUGGGCUAGCCCAGCGCUACUGGACAGCACAGGCUAAAUUAGGAUGUAGCGGUGGCUCUGCCCGGAGGAAAGAAUUAAAGCAUAAAGUCGUUUCGAUGAUCUUUAGCAUCGUGGUGGCUUACUGGGCCUGUUUCUUGCCUUUUUGGGGAUGGCAGUUAGCUAAACUCUUCUCUCCGGAGUCUCUGAAAGCUUUGUCACCAGCUGCUCACAACUAUGUCAAUUUUGUCGUCACAUGUCUGACCUAUGGGAACAGCUGCAUAAACCCAUUUCUUUACACUCUUCUGACACGCAACUAUAAAGACUACCUGGCCCAGAAGAGUCAGUCCGUGGGGUCCAGUAGGGGGGACCCAUGUUCGGCUGUGACGACACCCAUGCAGGACAUUUAGCAGAAAAAUGAAUGAUGAUGGAUCAUAGUUGCUCAAGAUCAAGAGUCUUAAUCCCUCGUCAUCAGAUAGACUGAGCACAUAUUUGUUCUUGUCAUACUUGAGAGAUACUUGUAAUCUGUCGCAGCACUUUCUAUAAACUUUAUGAAUGCUGGAAACAUUACCACCUUAUUCCUGGAGUUGCUGCUGGGUAAAACUUCUGGAGCAGAAACUGAAGCAGCAGUAAACUAACUUUUUCCAGUGGCAACAAACAAUGCUGGUUCUGCUUCAGUGACGGGACGUACCCAUAAUUCACCGUGUAACUUAAACUGUAGCAAAAUGUUUGAGGACAAUGAAGUUACACUGAAAACAACUGCUUUGCAAGUCACUAGCCACUUGUUUGUGUGUGUCGUGUGUAAAACGAAGUCACGGCAGUUUCAUGCAGCCGUGCAAGUACUUUUUUGUAGUGGCAACCUGUGCCGUGCCGUG